CAGGCGGGUGCGAGAUUGGGAUCGACGUCAUUCCAAGCCCCUGCAGCGACUCCCUGCCUGGAACCAUUACAAAAGAGCGGCCUCCCACAAUUAUAUUCACAAUUACAACUACAAUCAGCAUGUCUCUCGGCCGUCACUUCACUCUCAACACAGGCGCAAAGAUCCCUGGCGUAGGCUUCGGCACCUUCGCAAACGAGGGCGCAAAAGGCCAAACCUACACCGCCGCCAUCGCUGCCCUCCGCGCUGGGUACCGUCACCUCGAUUGUGCCUGGUUCUACAAGAACGAAGACGAGGUCGGGCAGGCCAUCCGUGAUUUCCUCGCCGAGGACAAGUCCGUGAAGCGUGAGGAUCUGUUCAUCGUCACCAAGGUCUGGAACCACUUGCACCGUCCCGAGGACGUGGAAUGGAGUUGUAAGAGCUCAUUGAAAAACCUGGGAUUGGACUACCUGGAUUUGUAUUUGGUGCAUUGGCCUAUUGCCGCUGAGAAGGACGAGCACAAUGAGCCCAAGAUUGGUGAGGAUGGAAAGUACGUCAUCCUCAAGGACCUCACCGAAAACCCCGAGCCCACCUGGCGCGCAAUGGAAAAACUCCAACGCGACGGCCUCACCAAAGCCAUCGGUGUCUCCAACUGGACCAUCCGCCGCCUGAAGGAACUUCUCGCCAUCGCCGAAAUCCCCCCCGCCGCGAACCAAGUCGAACUCCACCCCUUCCUCCCCCAACCCGACUUGGUCAAAUUCUGCCUCGACAACAAGAUCUUGCCAAUCGCCUACUCCCCCCUGGGCUCCCAAAACCAAGUACCAACGACCGGCGAACGCCUCCUCCAAGACAAAACACUCAUCUCCCUCUCCGAGAAACUCAAUCAGCCGCUCGCGAACAUCCUUAUCUCCUGGGCCGUCCAGCGUGGAUACGCUUGUGUUCCCAAGUCUUCUACGCCUAGCAGGAUUGCAGCCAACUUUCAGGAUUUGGAGUUGAGUGAGGACGAUAUGAAGGUUAUUAAUGGGGUUGCGGAGGGGAGGAAUGUUAGGUUUGUUAAUAUGAAGGAUACGUUUGGAUAUGAUGUUUGGGAGACUGAGGAGCAGUAAGCGAAGCGUGAAGAGUGUAGGAUAGCAGCAUACAAAAGAUGAUGAUACAUUGUCUCCCACCUGUUGCCGCCAUCCGCGAUUACAUCGUCAUCACCUAUCAGACUCCAUCGAAUCUUCAACAGACAACGGAUAUCGGGUAUCAACGACGAGGAGGCUUGGCUACAUGUACGUAGCUGGACCCUGCCGCGGCCGCUAGUACGCGGAAUGGUCAACCCUAACUUGCACUGCCAUCAUUCCUUGGGCUGUGGCUUCAUUCCCAACAUUUCAGAUGAGAGAUUACGGAAAUGCCACUGAAGGUGUUGCAUCUGGCGUUCUAGAUUGA